AUACUCCACCACUCUGCUAAAGAGUAAAGACCCAAGCAGACAUAGAUCAGUGGGUCCUCGUCAAGCAGCACGGUGAUCCACGCUUCCACGGGCGCACAGGGCUUUUUGCCGGCCAUUACAGAGGAGAGGAGGCCGACAAAGGCGUGGCAGAGGUCCCAUCCAUGGGAGAGGAAGCGGCCGCGGCCACGGCCACGGCCACCGUGGCGGCAGGGAACGCACCUCCGCACCUGCUCCUGGUAUGCUUCCCGGGGCAGGGUCACGUGAACCCGAUGGUCCGCCUGGCCAAGCGCAUCGCGGCCAAGGGCCCCCUUGUGACCUUCUCCUCGCUCUCCAGCAUCGGGGCGAAGCUCACCGCGUCCGCGGGCGUAUCGGCCGGCGGCGACGGCGUGCCGGUGGGCCGGGGCCGCGUCCGGUUCGAGUUCAUGGACGACGAGGACCCCGGGCCUGACCUGGACGACCUCAUGCGCCACAUCGCCAAGGACGGCCCGCCGGCGCUGGCCGAGCUGCUGGGGCGGCAGGCACGGGCCGGGCGGCCCGUGGCGUGCGUGGUGGUGAACCCGUUCAUGCCGUGGGCGGUCGACGUGGCCGCCGACGCCGGGAUCCCCUCGGCGGUGCUGUGGGUGCAGUCGUGCGCGGUGUUCUCGCUCUACUACCACCACGUGCACGGCCUCGUGGAGUUCCCGCCCGAGGACGACCUGGACGCGCGCUUCACGCUGCCGGGCCUCCCCGAGAUGUCCGUCGCCGACGUGCCGUCGUUCCUGCUCCCGUCCAACCCGUACAAGCUGCUGGUGGACGCGAUCAUCGCCCAGUUCCACAACAUCCACCGCGCGUCGUGGGUGCUCGCCAACUCCUUCACGGAGCUGGAGCCCGACGUGGCGGCGGCGCUCCCGGGCGUGACGCCGCGGCCGCCGGAGCUCAUCCCCGUGGGCCCGCUCAUCGAGGUCGGCGGCGGGCGGGACGACGACGAGGGCGCGGUGCGCGGCGACCUGAUGAAGGCCGCGGACGGCUGCGUGGAGUGGCUGGACGCGCAGGCCCCGCGCUCCGUGGUGUACGCGUCGGUGGGCAGCGUGGUGCGGCUGAACGCGGAGGAGGUGGGGGAGAUGGCGCACGGGCUCGCGUCCACGGGGCGGCCCUUCCUGUGGGUGGUCCGCCCCGACACCCGGCCGCUGCUGCCGGACGGGUUCCUGGACUCCGUGGCCGGGCGCGGCGCGGUGGUGCCUUGGAGCCCCCAGGACCGCGUGCUGGCGCACCCGUCCACCGCCUGCUUCCUCACGCACUGCGGGUGGAACUCCACCCUGGAGACCAUCGCGGCGGGCGUGCCCGUGGUGGCCUUCCCGCAGUGGGGCGACCAGUGCACGGACGCCAAGUUCCUGGUGGACGAGCUCGGGAUGGGUGUCCGCCUCCGCGGGCCGCUGCGGCGGGACGCCGUGCGGGAGGCGGUGGACGCCGCAGUGGCGGGGCCCGAGGCCGACGCGAUGCUCGCCAGCGCCAGGAGGUGGAGCGCGGCGGCGCGGGAGGCCGUGGCGCCCGGCGGGUCCUCGGACGCGCACGUCCAGGCGUUCGUGGACGAGGUGUCCCGGCGAGCUUGUGGCGUGCAAGUGGCUAAGGUCGUGCCGCCGUCGUCAGAGGAGCUUCACCAGUCACCGGUCAGAGUCCAAACCUGAUCAGCAGUCAUCCCGUGUUGGUUGGUAUUGUUACCGUCUGUCUGAUACGAACCAAUUUUUUGCUUCC